AUGGCUCAGUCACAGCCGCCGCUGCCGCCUUCACGGCCUCCUCUUCCCCAGUCUCCUGCCUCCUUUCAGCGCGAUUUCUCAGCACCAAAUGGCCGACCCAAUUCACUUGGACCUCAGUCCCCGCAAAUGGGUAUGAACUAUUCCUCACCUUCACCUCAGCAGUUCUCGCCCCAGCAAUACACUCAGCCACCAGCUGCGAAAAGACCGAGACUCUCCCCUGACGCCCUCUCUCCUUUCCCAAUCCAGAGCUAUCCCUCUACACCUAAUGCGCAGCCCGCGACUCCAGGCGCGAAUACGCCGGUAAAUGGAGUUCCAUCUACUGCUCCCCGGGCAGGCUUGAUGCCACCUCCUCAGCGACCGAGUGAUAAAGCAGAAGACCGAAACUACGAAGAUAUUUUGUCGGGUACCGGGAUCAACAUUGAAGAGGAAGCCAGAAUGCUGGUCAGGCCAGACUAUUAUGGUGGCUCUACGCCACAAGCCGCGCUGCAGUCGCAAGGCGCGAAUUUCGACUAUCAAAACAAUUCAUUUUCCUCAUAUUCUGGGCCUGGUUCAGGCGGAGGAACACCGAUUACUCCGAAAGAUCAGAUUGAUGGCCAGAGUCAACCUCCGGAGUACCAGCCGUCAGCGGAGGAAAGAAAACAAAGAGAGGAGGCACGUGCGGACUGGGAAGCUGCGAGGCAUAGUCAACAGCCACUUUGGGAUUUGUUUCUGCUGGGCGGUGCGCUGAACGAGAGAAUCCGAAAUAUUAGCAUCACCGAACAUUUGAUUGAUCCGCAGUCUGGGGUGUUGGUGAAUACGCAGAAGCAUGCGCCGCCACCUACCGUGCGAGUUAAUGGCCUGGAGGGCGCUUCUCGUGUGAUUGACAGAGGCCAAGCCAUCCUCGAUACUGGGCAGAAGGGUGAACGCCUCUCCGAUAUUAUGAAAGUCAUCAGUCUGGCUACAAAGGCGCGUAUGACGGGUCUCGUCAGCUCAGCCUCGAGAUUAGCACUGGAACGGCGACAGCACUCGAAAGGAAAGGUCCCUGAUGAAUGGCAAGACAUUGCGUUCGUGGCCAAACCAGCGACCGAUGUGCCUGAAGGAGCAUCUAGUCCAGCUGGUAGCUCCGGCAUCAAGCGUGACCAGAGUGGUCCUGCACUUGUUGCAUCCGUUCUGGAGAAGGCCUCCCUUUCGGAACGAUCGCUUGAGGAAGCGCGGCGGCAGAAACGUGCAAGACGCCGAGCAUCUGCACAACCAGAGACAACGCCAGGAGGCGACGCUACACCCGAGGCCACCCUUGUCGCCGCUCUCGAAUCAGAAAAGAAGACGACGAAGAAAGAGAGGAAGCUCGCAGAGUCAAAAUUUUCCGAACAACAACAACAUAAAUCUGCCAAUGAGGCAGCCCGGAUGGCGGUGUCUAGUAUGCUUGGAAGCCGAUUUGGAAACAAGAAGUCAAGAACGUACGACUGGAUGAAUGCAGGUAAAGGCGGGGGCGCAAGUCCCGCGGGCACUCCGGGCAAGUCUGCACCAUCGGGUUCAACCUCAGUCGCAGGCACUCCUGGCCCAGACCGUACGCGGGCAGUUUCUAAGGAGAAAACCUUUGGCCAGUGGGAUGAGGACAAGGAUACCAAAAUCCAGGCUCGAGAUGUGCUCCUGGUCCUGGAAAGCGAUGGUCGAGCGCCGCGGUCCUAUGUGCGAGGGACUAGUCUUGCAGGAAAUUGA